AUGCCCAUGAACCGCGCUCUCCUCAAGAAAUGGGUCCCUGUUGAAGUGCUCCCCAUCUUCGGCAUUGUCGGUAUUGCUGUUGUCGGUGCUUCUGCCUACCUCUACAAGCUCUCCCAGGGUCCUGAGGUUGUUUGGGACCGAAGCUCUGACUGGAGGCCUUGGGACAAGGUCCAGCACGACCAGAACCUCAAGCUCCUCAGCUACAACCCCGAAUUCUGGCAGAAGAGGAAGGAGCAGGCCAAGGAGACCCUCGGUCUUAAGUCUGAGUAA